GCCUUUUGGCCCUUUCCCCUCAGUUGCCAAAGAGGAGGAGGAGGCGGCGGCGGCGCUGAUGCUGGGAUGCUCCUGUUGCCAGAGAGGCUGCUUCACUUGAGCGGGUGAGUCUUGCAAGGGAGCUGGGGAUGCUUUCCCUUUCCUGCUGCCAGAUGGAGACCCACUCAGGUCCCGAUGGCCUUUCUUCCUAGGCUGAAAGUGGAGGAGAAAGAGGACGGAGGAGGGAGGCUCUCAGAUUCCUCUCCAGCAGCAGCAGCGGCAGCAGCCACUCUCUUUAUUGCCCAGACCCAGGAGCCAUCUGGUUGACUGUGCAAAACAGGCUGUCUCUCCCACUUCAAUGGCUCUGGAAAGCUGAGCCGAAUUCUGGCUGGUGAGCAUGGAUCCCACCUCGCUGCUUCCACUUGUCUUGUCUCCUGACUCCCGGGGCUUUAACCAAGGGGCAACUGAACCCAGUGAGCCUGCCUUGGACCCCUGCAGCCUCCUUUCUGACAGACACUAUGAGGUGGUGCCCUCUGUGAUCUGUGCUCUCUGCUGCAUUUUUGGAGUUGUUUACUGCUGCUUUGGCUACCGUUGUUUCAAAGCCAUCAUGUUCCUCUCAGGGCUGCUCUUUGGUUCGGCUGUGAUCUUCUUGCUCUGCUACAAGGAGCGUAUUUUGGACACACAGCUAAGCAUGGAGGUCAGCGCCGGCAUUGCCCUGGGCAUUGGAGUCUUGUGUGGCUUAGUUACUAUGCUGGUGCACUCAGUUGGGUUGUUCCUGACUGGGCUUCUGCUUGGCUUGCUAGUGGCCACAGCUGGGCUGGUGGCCACUGAGCCUUUAUAUCAACUGUCCAGUGCCUGGGUCCCAGCUGGGUCUCUGCUGGGUUCAGCACUUUUGGGUGCUGUCUUAGCCUUGCGCUGGCAGAAAACCCUCACAGUGAUCUCCACAGCUGUGUUUGGGGGUGCAGUACUGACCCUCUGCUUGGACUAUGCUGUAGAGAACCUGGCUUUGGGGCAACACGUGUACGACCGCCUCCGCCUGGCACCUUCUUCCCCGCUCUGCUGGUGCGGCUGGGCCGUGCUGGCCACCUGGCCUGCUCUUGCCUUGAUGGGAAUGCUGCUGCAAUGGAAAGUGACUGCUGAGGGCUUCUCCCACACAGAUGUGGUCCUGAAUCGGCGCCAGAAGCAGCUACAGCUGUUACGGAUUCGACAACGUGAAGCAAAGAAGAGGCAGAGCCAGGGCUCCCAGGAAGGCUCCUAUCGACACAAGCCCAGUGCUGUUAAGCGCUGUGCAGGAGAUGUCCUUGCACCAAGUUACAUUCAGAGCCUGCGUGACCGCCAGCAGUUGGGAACAGGCACUUCACUGAGCAAUCUUAAUGCCAGCGCUCACACUACUGUGGAUCUGGAUUACGACUCUGGCUCUACAGUUCCUCUGACCACCCCUCGAGGCUGCCUCUGAAAAGGGUUGACAUUGUCUUCUUCCACUUGUGCCUUAAGCAGGGACAUAGUUGGACUCAGCCUACAGCUCUGAAUAUUUUUGCCCUGUAUGCAAACAUCCUUGGCUUAGCCUGUGAUAGUCUUUCUAAAUUCCAUUUUUCUUUUAAUGGUUGAAAGAGGUGCUCCAUUCCCCCCCCCCCUUGGGGGACAGGGUUUGAGACCACAUGUGACUGAGUCAAAGUAGUACGAAAGAAGGGGUUUUAAAAUGUAGUAAUUUAUUUUCAUUUAAGUUAAGUAAAGGAAGAAAAAACACCUUCCUCUGCAGGGUGUCUGGAGCUGCCUUCUAAACUAAGCUGGAAUUAACUGGGUACUCUAGCAUGGGUGUCCCUACCUUUGAAGCGUGUUUAGUCAUGGCCCUCGUGUGGGCUCAAACAAGCCAUAGUCAUGCCCCCCUUUUCCAAAUGAAGGGCUUACAUGCCUUAGUUGGUAGCAGACCUAGAACUACAGCUAUAUGUUCAAUGCCUUUUGGUCUAGGUAAACUACCUUUUGUAGUGACCUUACCUCAGGGGUUAAAAAGUUAGGAAGUAACUUGAAAUUAUUGACAGUGCUACAAGUUGUUGGGAGUUAAAUUUAUUCCAACGUGUGGUGCUUUUGUGACAUUUUGCCUUUGUAUGUGUGCCAUACAACAGUAUCUUGUGAGAAUUUACACUAUUUCAGGAUCCUUUCACAUUACACAUUUGUAGGAGUGUGAUUCCACUUGUAAGUGCCAUAGGUUGCAUCCUGUGGAAUCCUGAUUUGGUCAGAAGUAUGAGAAUCUUGGAUAAGGAUUCUAAAGUCUGCUCCCCUAAACUUCAUAUCCCAGAAUUGCAUAGGAUGGGUCCUUGGGCAGCUGAAGUGGAAUCAUAGCAUUAUAAUUCAGUAGUAUGGAUAGGCUCUUAGUUAAUCCUUUCCCUAAGGCAUUUUGGCAACAUGAAGAAGGGAGUUGUUCUUCCCAACCUUUUCCCAUCCCAUCUCCCACCUCAAUGUAAAUUAAGCUCUAAGGCUUUAUUCCUCAGAGUUAUUCAGACAUUUGCCCCUCAUGCUAUUAGUCACCUGAGAAGAAAACAGGAACUCCUCAGCCUAACCUUCUCCUUCAUGUCAUUGCCCUGGCCCCACCACUGUCCAUACAUUAAGGUGGCAUGGAGAACUGGUGAUCCUUCAGAUAUUGUUAGACUCUUAACUCACAUCAACCACAGUCAGCAAUGGCAGGAGUGAUCAUCCAAAACACCCAAAGGACUGCAAGGUCCCCAUCACUCUAUUGAUCAGAGCUUGGUAGUAAUAUAUUACAGUACUGUAAUGAAAUUAGCUGUUGCUUUUUGGGUAACAGUGCUGUGAAUCCCAGCUAGGGUAGACCCAAGGAAUCUAUGGGAGCUUGUUUAAUCAACUCUUACACAAGUUCCAUUUAUUCAGUACGUCUUCUCUAACUGGGAACUAACAGGUGGAUUUAGGCCAUUUCUUACCAGCACCUGCACUUUUAAAAGACAAUGCAACAACUGGUAGUGUCAUUACUAUUUUUGGUAUAACAAGGAAUAUUUACUCAUUCUUAAAAUGCUGGUUUUUGCAGGGAGGGGUCUGUUUAUUGGGUUUGAGGCCAUUUGUGCAUUUUUAAGUGAAUUUUAAAAAUACUCUGAUUUUUCUCUUAAAACAACAUGUUGCUUUCGAACAAGUAGCACCUGACACAUUAUUUCUUUAAAAUGAUGUGCUGAACUCUGGGUCUGAGAAGAGAAGCCUGCUGUACUCCUGUGGGCCUCCUGUAUGAGUUAGUAUACUGAUGGUGCAGGCUUUGAAAUCAUAGGGGGAACCCACCCUCCAUUCUGUGAAGCUGGCUUCCCUCUUCAGACUGUCCCCCUUCAGUAGAUGCAUGGUGGUGGAAUCAAGCCAGCAGGCUUGUUUUGGCCAGAGAGCAUGACCCCACUCAUCCCUUCAUGUGAGAGGUGAUGCCACAUAGGGCCCUAAUUGUCCAGAGUGCCUUUUUUAAGCAACACAGAGCCUUACCUGCACCGAAGUGGUUUUCAGUUUAACUUGACAAUGGUGUUUUUUAAGAACAUGUACAUAAGGAUUUAAAGCCUUUUUUUUUUAAAGUGCAAGCUCUUUACCUGUAGGCUAACUACCCAAAUGUCAGACCCUGAAGCAUUAAUCUUAAUUCAGUGAGUACAUGCUGGAUUGUAGGCCUGUUUCAGAGAUCUCUUUGUUGUAGCCAGUUGUUUCCUGUCGAUUGUUUUUGUUACUGUUUUAUAACUCCUGUUUAUAAUACUUAACACAGAUGUAUUUGUGCUUUGUACUUUUUAUUCCUACUUUCAUGGUGGAUCACACUGAAAAGCUGAGGUAUAUAUAAGGAAUGUACUUUCAGUGAACUUUGUGAAAUAGCCACUAUCAUUUCAUCAUCUUACGAAGUGAGAAAAUGUAUGAGCAUUGGGGUUUGUUUUUAACCAAGUCAGAACAAUGGUCCACCUGCGCCAGGACAUCCUAUUCUUGGCAGUAGUUAGGGAAGGAUAACUACCUUCCAGCAAACUCAUCUUUUUUAAAACUGAAAUUGAACCUGGAUCCUUCUGUCUACAAAGUUUGUCCUCUACCAGAUCUGAGACCCUCAUGUUUUAGUGGCUUGUCACAGACAGACAAUAAUUUUUUUAGGAAAAGUGGAAUAUAGUCUGAGAGUUGCAAUGCUGUAUGGUCUGUUAGGAGCCAACAGACCUCCAAUAAGUUGCCCUCAUGCUUUCAGAGAGGCUUUUAUCAGGCUAAUGGUUCUGAAGCAUGAGGAAUUUUUGCUCUAGCCUUUUACAAGUCUGAUCUCUAUUUCCUGGGCAGCUACAGCAGGAACCAUACAGCAGGGACAGGAUGUCUGAGAAAUACUUGAAGAGGCAUUUCAAAAUAUGACCAGAUUGCUUGUAUAAAAAGUGGGGCAUGCCAAAAUGUGACCAGACUGCCUAAGUUUCUUAUCCUUUAAUUAGAAACACUUCAGACCUCUGACUGUAAAGCAAGAUAGGGUUAUUGUGGCUCUCUAGUUGUCUACAGCUGCCAUCAGCUCUAGCCGGUAUAGCCAUUGGUGAGUUCUUAUGGAAGCUGCAUUCCAAAAACCUCUAGAGAGCCACAUCUGCCCACUCUUAAAGUCGAGGAAAGAUUCUCUGCAGAUUGUAGUGCCUGCCUCAUACAUCACGCCCAAGCCAAAAGGAUAUGUUUCCUAUCAAUAUGUAAUUUUAUAUCUACAUUAGAAUACAGUCAUAGAACUGCAGAUUUGGAAGAGGUCACAAUGGCCAUCCGUCCAACCCCCUGCCAUGCAGGAAUACACAAUCAAAGCAUUUCUGACAGAUGGCCUUCCGGCCUCUGUUUGAAAACCUCAAAAGAGGGAGACUCCACCACCAUCUGAGGCAGCUUAUUCCAUUGUUGAACAGCUCUUACUGCCAAGAAGUUCUUCUUAAUAUUUAGGUGGAAUCUCUUUUCCUUUUGUAGUUUGAAUCAAUUCCUCUAUGUCUCAGUCUUUGGAACAGCAAAAAGCAUGCUUGCUCCUUCUUCAAUAUGACAUCCUUUCAAAUAUUUAAACAUGGCUGUCACGUCACCUCUUAACCUCCUCUUCUCCAGACUAAACAUCCUUAAUAUGUUCCUCAUAGGGCAUGGCUUCCAGACUUUUUACGCAUGUUGGUCCUUCUCCAUCCCUGCUUAAAUUAUUUGAGGCUGAAUCAGUUUUUCAAGUCAAGUCAACGUUUGUCUGUUGAGACAAAUGUCAUCUCACCAUGUUGCCAUAACCAACAGCAGUUGUUUCUUAUACAGAAGAUGGAUUAGGCUAUCUUAAGCUUCCCAACUCAAAGAUGACUUUUUUUAGGCCAGGAGGGAAUAGAGAGUCACAAGUAUCAUGAGUCCAUACACACAAAUACUAAUGUCUGGCUAUAGCUAUGGUGGGGAGGUGGUGUUCUUGGCAAAGUGCUUUCUGACAGCUGUUCCUCCUACAGUGAUGGACCAGAGGAUUGGCAAGCAGCUGUGCAGGGUUGAGAAGUGUGCAGCCUUUCAGAUGUUGGACUACUACACCCUUCUCCAUUAGUUCUAUUGUUUAAGUCUGAAGGGAAUGGCAACCCCACAAAACAUCUGGAGAGGUACAUAUUCCAUAACCCUGUUGUGAUCAUUUUAAUUUUCAGCAUGCAGUCAUUUUAACUUUCUGAAAAGCUAUGCACUGAGACAUUAUGGGAAGCAGAAAUGACUUUGUGCUGCUAACCUAGCGGAGGCAACAAUGCUGAUAGAUCCUCUCACUCAGUGUGACCUAAGGCUUGGGCAUGUGCAUAGUACUUUUGUCCUUCAGUCCAAACAGAUGCUGCUCUUCUUUGAAGAAAGAUUUGAGCAGGGACAAAGGAUUUAGAUGAAAGGGCAUGAAGAUUUCGGCAACAGUACUUCUUCCUGUCCUGUGCUUACUUCUCUGAAAAUACUAAAGUCUGUGUAUAGCUCUGCCACUGUGCUCCUUUUAUUUAAGUGGCAAAUUCUAUGUCCCUCAUCUAUAGAACUUCAUCUCCUGGUCUUUAACCAGAUCUGGAUGCAGUUGCUGUUAAGUGAGUUUGUGUGAGUGAGUGAAAGACUGAGUGAGAGAAUGUGUGCACGAAUAUGAGAGAACAAAUGAGUGUAACAAAUCUUGCAUGUGGGCAAGUGCCAAGAAUUCUCUGUCUGAAGAUGCAAUAAAAAUAAAGUGAAAGGGG